GGAGCACCGUCAUGUUGCUCAGAGACGCCAAACAGUGCUGUAGCUGUUUGGAAUAAUUUUUUGUUGGCGAAAUGGAGCAAAAACAGGCAGUAUGGUGUCUAAAACCAUCAGCAGACAUACACUGGCUGGAUGGAGCACUCUCACUGAGAGCAGAGAGACAGGAGGAAAUGACAGGACUGUCAUCUGUCUAAAGAAAAUUAAAAAGCACUUCAAGAGUUCCUGAUGUUUUUAACCUUCCGUUUGGCAACACAUCACAGUUCCCUAGACGGAGGCACAUCUCUAAGCCUGUAGAGGAGGAUUGGUCUCACUAAGGGUUUAGAUGUGAGGAACGAGAAGCGGAGUAGGUCCCCUUCGCCCCCGAGGGUCCAGAUCGGGAGUCUCCCAUCAUCGAGCCCCCCUUAAGCGCUCCAUCACAGAAGCGCUCAUCCCUGUCUGUCUAAUCACGGAUGGGCGGCAGCAGCGUGGGAUCCCUCUCGCUGGAGCUCAUCUGUCAGUCCUGCUAAUCACAUGUCAAAGAUUAAACCCACAUCUCCAGUAUCUUAAUCCCGCCAGUAAGAAGAGUCAAGGAGUAAAUCAUCAUGGGGAUGCGAGGCCUGCUACUGGCCUGUGUGGCAUUAGCCAUGUUAGUUCAUCUCUCUAGUGCUGGCCUGGUGAAAAGAGUAAUUAGACACAGAAGAGAAUCACUGUCACCGACCACUGAGAACUUGACCCUCCCAAGUCCUGAUCAGCCUGUGGUUUUUAACCAUGUAUACAACAUCAACGUUCCCUCUGGAUCCCUGUGCUCUGUGGACUUGGAUUCACCUGGAACAACACCAGUGAAGCCAAAACCGGCGAAUCUGCAAUCUGACCAACACAUAGAACACACCACGGACGGAGAGAAUCAGAUUGUUUUUACGCACAGGAUUAACAUUCCCAAGCAAGCUUGCGGUUGUGAUAACCACAUGCCUGACCUGAAGGAUCUUCUUAACAGGCUGGAAAUGCUGGAGGCAGAGGUAUCCAGUCUAAGAGAGCAGUGCACCAGUGGAACAGGCUGCUGUAGUGCUCAGGUUACAGCAGGUGAAAUCACAACCAAACCCUACUGCAGUGGCCGCGGAAACUACAGCACUGAGACCUGCAGCUGUGUGUGUGAGCCCGGUUGGAAGGGAGUCAACUGCUCCGAGCCAGAAUGCCCCAACUUUUGCCAGGAUCAAGGCCGCUGUGAAGAUGGCAAGUGCGUCUGCUUCGAGGGCUUUGGUGGUGAGGACUGCAGCAUCGAGCUGUGCCCUGUGGAUUGCGGUGAGAAUGGAGAGUGCAUCGACGGGGCUUGCAUCUGCACGGAGGGCUUCAUCGGUGAGGACUGCAGUUUGACCAACUGCCUAAACAACUGCCUUGGCAGGGGGCGCUGUGUGGAUGACGAAUGUGUAUGUGACGAGCCUUGGACGGGCUUUGACUGCUCCGAGCUCAUCUGUCCCAACGACUGCUACGACCGUGGCCGCUGUGACAAUGGAACCUGCUAUUGUGAAGAGGGCUUUACUGGGGAGGACUGUGGGGAGCUUACCUGCCCCAAAAACUGCAAUCACCAUGGCAGGUGUGUCAAUGGGCAGUGCGUCUGCAACAUUGGCUACAGCGGAGAUGACUGCUCCAAGCUAACCUGUCUCAAUGAUUGCAAUCAGAGAGGGCACUGCUUCAACGGGAAGUGCAUAUGUGAUCCUGGGUUUGAGGGUGAGGACUGCAGCAUUCUUUCCUGCCCUGACAACUGCAAUGACAGGGGACAGUGCGUCAACGGUGAGUGUAUUUGUGAUGAUGGAUUUGAAGGUGAUGACUGCUCUGAGCUUUCCUGCCCCAAUAACUGUCACGAUCAUGGCCGAUGUGUCAACGGGAAGUGCAUUUGCAAAGUUGGCUUUGCUGGAGAAGACUGCAGCAUCAAGACCUGUCCACAUGACUGCCAUGGACGUGGAGAGUGUGUCGACGGCAAAUGCAUUUGCCAUGAUGGCUUUGCUGGAGAACACUGUGGCAUCAAGAACUGUCCCCAUCACUGCCAUGGACGUGGGCAAUGUGUGGACGGCAAGUGCAUUUGCCACCAUGGCUUUGCUGGAGAAGACUGCAGCAUCAAAACCUGUCCCAGUCACUGCCAUGGACGUGGACAAUGUGUGGACGGCAAGUGCAUUUGCCACCAUGGCUUUGCUGGAGAAGACUGCAGCAUCAAAACCUGUCCCAGUCACUGCCAUGGACGUGGACAAUGUGUGGACGGCAAGUGCAUUUGCCAUGAUGGUUUUGCUGGAGAAGACUGCAGCAUCAAAACCUGUCCCAAUCAUUGCCAUGGACACGGACAGUGUGUAGAUGGCAAGUGUGUUUGCAAUGAAGGUUUUGCUGGAGAAGACUGCAGCAUCAAAACCUGUCCCAAUGACUGUCAUGAGCGUGGAAAGUGUGUGGACGGCAAGUGCGUUUGUCAUGCUGGUUUUGCUGGAGAAGACUGCAGCAUCAAAACCUGUCCCAAUGACUGUCAUGAGCGUGGAAAGUGUGUGGACGGCAAGUGUGUUUGCCAUGAUGGUUUUGCUGGAGAAGACUGCAGCAUCAAAACCUGUCCCAAUCAUUGCCAUGGACACGGACAGUGUGUAGAUGGCAAGUGUGUUUGCAAUGAAGGUUUUGCUGGAGAAGACUGCAGCAUCAAAACCUGUCCCAAUGACUGUCAUGAGCGUGGAAAGUGUGUGGACGGCAAGUGUGUUUGCCAUGAUGGUUUUGCUGGAGAAGACUGCAGCAUCAAAACUUGUCCCAAUGACUGUCAUGAGCGUGGAAAAUGUGUGGAUGGCAAGUGUGUUUGCCAUGAUGGUUUUGCUGGAGAAGACUGCAGCAUCAAAACAUGUCCCAAUGACUGUCAUGAGCAUGGACAGUGUGUGGACGGCAAGUGCGUUUGUCAUGCUGGUUUUACAGGCCAUGACUGCAGCGAGUUGACUUGCCCCAAUAACUGCCAUAACCGAGGACUUUGUGUAAAUGGCCAAUGCGUGUGUAACAGUGGGUUCACUGGGGAGGACUGUGGUACAAAGACAUGUCCCAACAACUGCCAAGACCGUGGCUACUGUGAAGAUGGAAAAUGUAUCUGCUCUGAGGGCUAUGCCGGUGAGGACUGCUCUGUUCUGACCUGCCCAGCAAACUGCAAUGAUCAAGGCCAGUGUCUGAAUGGAAUGUGCAUAUGUGAUUUAGGCUUCACUGGCGACGACUGCUCUGAAAUCUCCCCACCCAGAGACCUGACUGUGACUGAGGUCGAUCCAGAAACAGUGGACGUUGCCUGGGUCAAUGAGAUGCUCGUGACAGAGUAUCUUAUCACCUAUGUGCCUACGGCUCCUGGCGGUUUGGAGAUGGAAAUGAAAGUUUCUGGUGAAAAGAAGACAGCCACUAUUAGGGAGCUCGAGCCUGGCAUAGAGUACUUAAUCAGUGUCUUUGCUGUCCUGAACAGCAAGAUGAGUGUCCCUGUCAGCGCCAGAAUAGCCACACAUCUUCCUGAACCUGAGGGUCUGAAAUUCAAAUCGGUUAAAGAGACCGCAGUAGAGGUUGAGUGGGACCCCUUGAACAUCCCCUUUGAUGGCUGGAACCUCAUCUUCAGAAACACAAAAGAAGAGGAUGGAGAGAUUUUGAACUCUCUCACCCCUCCCGAGACCACCUUUGAGCAGUCCGGCCUUGGACCUGGACAAGAGUAUGAAGUCAAGCUUGAGGUCGUAAAGAACAACACCCGUGGAACCCCAGCCAGCAAGAACGUUGUCACAAUGAUUGAUGCUCCCAGCCAGGUGGAUGUGCGUGAUGUGACAGACACUACAGCCCUUAUCACCUGGUUUCAGCCUGUUGCCCAGGUGGAUGGGAUCUCUGUGUCCUAUGGCCCAAUCACAGAUAUAGACAGGAACACAAUCGAGCUUUCCUCCAUGGAUACCCAGUACCAUCUGGCUGAGCUGUACCCUGACACCGAGUAUGAGGUCUCUCUCAUGGCCCGCAGGGGAGAGAUGACCAGCUUUCCGGUAUAUGGGACCUUCACAACAGACCUUGAUGCCCCCAAGCACCUCAAAGCAGUUGAACAGACAGAUGAGAGCAUAACUCUGGAGUGGAAAAACAGCAUAUCUGGUGUCCUCAAUUACCGUGUCAAAUAUGGCCCACUUUCUGGAGGGGAGCAUGGAGAACUGGUCUUCCCCAGUGGCCUGCAAGAUACCACUCAGGCUAAAAUCACUGGCCUUAGGCCUGGGACGGAGUAUGGAAUGGGAGUGACGUCAAUCAAGGAAGAGCGUGAGAGUUUGCCUGCGACGACCAAUGCUGUGACUGAUAUUGAUGCUCCCAAAGACCUUGAAGUAAGUGAGACCACAGAGACCACAUUGACACUGGUUUGGAGAAGGCCGGUCGCCAAAAUCGACACCUAUGUGCUAGUGUUUACAUCCGCGGAUGGCACAGAAACUGAAUUGGAGGUACCUGGUGCUGCCAAUACCUACAUCCUGACUGACCUGAGUCCCGGCAUGCUGUACACCAUCAGCCUGACUGCCAAGAGAGGAAGAAAGAUGAGUGUGCCAGCCACUCUGUCAGCAUCCACAGAUGAAGAGAAGCCUCAGGUGGGCAACAUCACCAUCUCUGAUGUGUCCUGGGACAGCUUCAGUGUGUCCUGGGAGCUGGACAGAGGAGAGGUUGAAGGCUUUCUGGUUGAAGUAUCUGACCCAGAUGGCUUAUCUGAUGGCCAGAACCAUACUCUAUCCAGCCAGGAGUUCAGCCUGGCUGUCACUGACCUCUCCCCUAGUACUUUCUACAGGGUCACACUGUAUGGGCUGUACAAGGGAGAGCUCUUAGAUCCUGUCUUUGCUGAAGCCAUCACAGAAACUGAACCUGAAGUGGAGCAUCUUUCGGUCUCGGACAUCACCCCGCACAGCUUUAAACUGACAUGGACAGCACCAGAAGGCAUCUUUGAUACAUUCACUCUCAAAGUCGUCGAUUCUAACGGCCUGGGCCAACCUCUCCAGAUCAGUGUGUCUGGAGACAAGCGAACAGAAGCAGUGACAGGUCUUAAUGAAGAUACGGAGUAUGAAAUCGAGCUCUUUGGGAUCAUUUUGGGACGGAAAUUCCAGCCCAUUUUGGCUGUGGCUCGAACAGGUCUGGGAACACCCAAGGGGAUACGCUUUUCUGAUGUGACAGAUACAUCGGCUACUGUUCACUGGACUUUGCCCCAUACCCAUGUAGACAGCUACCGGGUCACCUAUGUGCCCGUUCAGGGUGGCAGCCCUAUGACAUUGAGAGUAGAUGGAGGAGAGUCUCAAGCCAUGCUGCCUAAUCUGACCCCUGGAGUGACCUACCAGGUCACUGUCAUCGCUGUGAAGGGCUUGGAGGAGAGCGAACCAGGAUCUGAUAGAGUCACGACAGCCCUGGAUAAGCCACGAGGUCUGACAGCAGUCAACAUCACUGACACUGAAGCUCUGCUGCUGUGGCAGCCGUCCAUUGCUACUGUGGAUGGAUAUGUCAUCACUUACAGCGCAGACAGUGUGGCUCCAGUGAUGGAACGGGUGUCUGGGAACACUGUGGAGUUUGAGAUGAGCUCCCUCACACCUGCCACCUUAUACACUGUUAAAGUCUAUGCUGUCAGAGAGGCAGCCAAGAGUGCCGCAACCACCACAGAGUUCACCACAGAUGUUGAUGCCCCUCAGAAUCUGGCUGCCAGUAAUGUUCAAACAGAAAGUGCCAUGUUGACAUGGAAGCCACCAAGAGCAGACAUCAGUGGGUAUAUCCUCAGCUUUGAGUCCGCUGAUGGCAUUGUCAAGGAGGUUGUCCUUAGCCCCACGGCAACAUUUUACAGCAUGUCUCAGCUGACUUCCUCCACAGAGUACACAGUCAGACUGCAGGCCAUCGCUGGGCCAAAGAGAAGCAGAAUCAUCUCCACAGUCUUCACCACCAUUGGAGUACUGUACAAGCAUCCUAAAGACUGCUCUCAGACUCUGUUAAAUGGAGAAACAACCUCAGGCCUGCACACUAUUUACCUGCGUGGAGAUGAGAGUCAGCCUCUGCAGGUCUACUGUGAUAUGACCACUGAUGGAGGCGGCUGGAUUGUGUUUGUGAGACGCCAGAGCGGUAAAGUGGAGUUUUUCAGAAACUGGAAGAACUACACUGCAGGCUUCGGUGACCUGAAUGAUGAAUUCUGGUUGGGUCUCUCUAACCUCCAUAAGAUCACCUCCUCUGGGCAGUAUGAGCUGCGUGUGGACCUCAGAGAUAAGGGCGAGUCUGCAUAUGCGCAGUAUGACAAGUUUUCAGUCUCAGAACCACGCAGUCGCUACAAAGUGCAUGUUGGAGGAUUCAGCGGCACUGCAGGUGACUCAAUGACGUAUCACCACGGACGUCCAUUCUCGACCUACGACAAUGACCACGAUAUAGCUGUCACCAACUGUGCUCUGUCUUACAAGGGAGCUUUCUGGUACAAAAACUGUCAUCGAGUGAAUAUAAUGGGAAGAUAUGGAGACAACAGUCAUAGCAAGGGUGUAAACUGGUUCCACUGGAAGGGUCAUGAGCACUCUAUCGAGUUUGCAGAGAUGAAGAUCAGGCCCACCAACUUCAGGAAUUUUGAGGGGAGAAGAAAGCGAUCGUAAACCAGUGCGCUCCAUCUCGAACCAAGCAACCCUCCACUGCUGACCAUUCGCCCCUUGUUUCUCCUGCAUCAUCUCAUCCCCUUCAUCUACCAAAGUCACUGCCAGGAGCCCAGCCUGCUCUUCACACUCUCCUAUUCAUGGAGAACAAGUACAACAAAAGUUUUCACCCCCCAUUCAAAGCUACAGUCCAUACACAGUUGUGUGUGUACCACUUCUGUGCAUGUCAAUCUGACAGUAAACCAAUAGACUCAUAGUGAAGUGUUUAACAUUACACACUGUGCCUGUACAUCAUAAGCACACCAAAGACAGACACUCCAGUAACAUCUAUAUGAUACAAUGCCUACGGAGAGGAGAUUUCGAGUUUGGCUUGGUGCUUUCCAAGUUUAAAAAAAUAAUGAUAUUAUUCUUUCUGUAUAUCCCAUACAGUUACAGUGGGAAGAGUUGAAUGUUUGUGUGUGGUAUUUUUGCUUCAGAGCCUCUUCCCUAGGCUGUGAAUUAGCCUCAAGAAUUAUUUAUCCUCUAACUUCUCAAUUAGGGCGAGAAGGUUAAUGGCACAUGAUAAAAACUCGGCAUUUAAUAUGCAGGACUGCAUAAAAAAUAUCUAGUGGGGAGGCUCAGAGAUUUUUUUCAUCUCUUUCGUCUGUCUGUGACAAAUCUAAGAACCCAUGCUCUCUGUUUUCUCUCUCCCACAACUCAUGCAUUCAUCAGUUCUGAAGUAGCACAUUUCUGGAACCGGUAUAUACACAGUACGGCUAAGUGUUCAUUUAUAUGCACCUUUCAUCGUGUUUCCUGUACCCUAUAACUAUAUUGGCAUUCAGUCACAGAGCAUAAGAAUCUUGAUUUGUUGAUUGUUAUCCUCUAAAAAAUGUUUAAAUGAAACAAAAGUUAAGGCAGGACCUAUGUUCAGUCUUUUGUUUAAGUGAUACUGUGUUCGCCAGUUAUGAGCUUGUAUAAUGUUCAGGAUUCAGGAAAAGUAAUGGCCAGGUGAUUGGAAUUAUUGUAAACAUAGCCUCAUAUGACAGUUCUGUUUGCAAAAAAAAAAAAAAGAA